AUGGACAGACGCCAUGUUUUAUUUGGUUACUCCAUUGGGGGUUUCAAUAGUCAACGCUCCGCCCCAGAACGCUGUUUAACCUGUGGCAUAUUAAUAUUCUCCCAAAUAAGAAGUCGAUAUUAUUCUUCAGCAGGAUCGUUCCUGCUUUUUUUGAUGUGCUCCUCCCAAAAGUUGUUUCUUUCUUUCUUUAUUUCUUUCUUUCUUUCUUUCUUUCUUUCUUAUUACUUAAUCCUCCUGAAAAAUUCUUUCUUUUUUUCUUUCUUUUCUUUCUUUCUUUCUUUUUUCUUUCUUUUUUUUUUUUUUCUUUUCUUUCUUUCUUUCUUUCUUUCUUUUCUUUAUUUAUUUAUUUAUAAUUACUUAAUCCUCCCGAAAAAAUCCUUCUUUCUUUCUUUUUUCUUUCUUUCUUUCUUUCUAAUUAUUUAUCCUCCCGAAAAAUACUUCUUUUCUUUCUUUCUUUCUUUUUUCUUUCUUUCUUUUUUCUUUCUUUCUUUCUCAUUAUUUAUCCUCCCAAAAAACAUUUUUCUUUUCUUUCUUUCUUUCUUUUCUUUCUUAUUACUUAAUCCUCCCGAAAAAUUCUUUCUUUUAUUUCUUUUUUCUUUCUUUCUUUCUUUCUUUCUUUCUAAUUAUUUAGUCCUCCGAAAAUUCUUUUCGUUCUUUCUUUCUUUCUUUCUUUUUUCUUUAUUUAUUUAUUUAUUCCUAAUUACUUAG